AUGCACUCCAUACUUUCUUCAACAACCCUCAUCUUCGGUGUGCUGGCCACAUCCGUUCUCGCCAACCCUCAAUACGACUAUGGCGGCUCUUCUGGUAGCUCUUCGUCUUCUGCCUCUUCCUCGGCGUCAUCCAGUGCAACCGCUGCCGCGGCCGCCGCCUCGGCCUCCAACAUUCACAACGUGAAAGUCGGCCCGGGCCUCACAUUCACACCAGACACCGUCACUGCUGCACAGGGCGACUGGGUUGAGUUCACAUUCGGUGCCGGCCACAGUGUUGCAGAGAGUUCAUUCGCCGCUCCUUGCGUACCAAUCAGCGGCAGCGCCGGUGUGUACUCGGGGUUCCCCAACGACGGCGAUGUGUGGCGGAUCCAGAUCAACAGCACCGAUCCUCUGUGGCUGUACUGCUCGGCCACUGGUCACUGUGAGGGCGGGAUGGCCAUGGUUGUCAACCCUCCGUCAAGCGGCAACACCCUCGCUGCAUACAAAUCUGCCGCACAAAGCGCCUCGGGUUCUUCGCCUGAGACCGUUCAAGGUGGCAUCUUCGGUGCCGCGGUUGCUAGCUCUUCGGGAUCCAGCAGCAGCUCUUCCGCUUCCGCUACGGCCAGCUCGUCCAGCGCCAGCGCUUCUGCCUCUGGCAACGCUGCUGGAGCCAACAUGGCUUCGAACGGACUGAUGGUUCUUGGUGCUGUCGCUGCCGGUGUUGCCGCCGUCUUGUAA